AUGAGUAAAAAGCCAGAGCCUGCCACUGGGAAUUUUAAAAGGCGAGUAACUCCUGCAAUCUCAGGCGCUUCUUAUCACGCUUUUAACUGCGGACACGAGGUGGCAGAAGCGCUGCGAAGGUUUUCCUCCCCGCCGCUGCGACGGGCGCGGGGCCGCCACUCGGCCCCUCAGCGGAGCGCAGCCGCCGCUGCCGGGGGCUCCCGGCGCUUCGUCCCGCCGGCAAGGACGAUGCAGGUUCUCCGCGCCGCGCCGCGGCGGCUGCUGGCCGGCUUGCUGCUGCUGGCCGGCUGCGUCUGGGUGGGAGCGCCGGAGCCGCCGUCGGGGAGCGCCGCGGUCUCCUCGCCAUGGGCACCGGAGGAGACCCCCGUCGUGGUGGCCAACCGCGGUCUGCGGGUGCCCCUGGGCCGCUCCGCCUGGCUGGACCCCGCGCGGGACCUGGUGCUGCAGGUGCAGCCGGGGGACCGGUGCCACCUCACCGUGCUGGACGAGGACCCGCUGUGGCAGCGCCCGGGCCGCCUGAGCCCCAGGCGCUUCCCCUGCGACUUCGGGCCCGGCGAGGUGCAGUACUCCCACCUGGGGGGCCGCAGCCCCGCGCGGGACCGCGUCCGCCUGCAGCUGCGCUACGACUCGCCCAGCCGCGCCCUGGUGCUGCCCCUGGUGCUGGAGGUGGAGGUGCUCUUCACCCAGCUGGAGAUCGUCACCCGCAACCUGCCCCUCACCGUCGAGCGCCUGCGGGGCACCAGCAACCCGCUGGACGCCCGCAGCCUGGAGUUCGCCUUCGAGCCGGGCCGGCAGCGCUGCCGGGUGGGCCUGCUGCCGCAGCUGGCCGGGCUGCCCCGCUACGGAGAGAUCCUCAACUACCCCCCGGCGGCGGCGGCUCCGGUGUCCGCGGGCGGGGAGGCGGCGGGGGACGGCCCGGUGCCCGCCUCCAUGUGGGACUGCGAGGAGUUCCUGCGCCUGGGGCUGCGCUACCGGCACACGGCAGCCGGCGGCUCCCCCAACCGUGACCUGGUGCCGCUGGUGGCUGAGCUGCGGGAGGCAGCCGGCAGCGGGGCACUGCUGAAGCGCGAGUACUUCCAGGUGCUGGUGCGGAUCCGUGCCGGGACUGAGAACGUGGCCCCCAAACCCAGCUUCUUGGCCAUGCUCAUGAUGGAGGUUGACCAGUUUGUCCUCACCGCCCUCACGCCUGACAUGCUUGCGGCCGAGGAUGCUGAGUCACCACCAGACCUGCUGCUCUUCAACAUCACUUCACCCUUUGGCCCUGGCCAGGGGCACAUGGUCAGCACAGACGACCGGAGCUUGCCUGUCUCCUCCUUCAGCCAACGAGACGUGAGGGAGCUGCGCAUCGCCUACCAGCCACCCACAGAGGACUCGGAUCGGGAGCGGCUCUUCGAGCUCGAGCUGGAAGUGUUGGACCCUGAGGGUGCUGCCUCAGAGCCCUUUGCCUUCGUGAUUGUGGUGAAGCCCAUGAACACCCUGGCACCUGUGGUGACCCGCAACACUGGCCUCGUGCUCUAUGAGGGGCAGUCACGGCCUCUCUCAGGCCCUGGUCCCAGCCCCAACCUAGUGAUCAGUGAUGAGGAUGACCUUGAGCAGGUGCGGGUGAGUGUGGUGGCGGGGCUGAGGCAUGGCCACCUCACUCUGCUGGAGGACACCCCAGUACCUGCUGCCCCUCGUAAACACUUCACAGUGGCUGAGCUGGCAGCAGGCCGGGUCAUUUACCAGCAUGACGGCAGUGAGUCUCCACUUAGUGACAACCUGGUUCUGCGGCUGGAAGAUGGUGGCUCUCGCCACCGUGUUGAGUUCCUUUUCCCCAUUACCUUGGUGCCCACUGAUGACCAGCCACCCCUACUCAAUGCUAACACAGGGCUGGCCAUGGCUGAGGGGGAAACAGUGCCCAUCACCACCCGUGCUCUUAGCGCCACUGACAUUGACUCACAGGAUGCCAUCCUGCUCUUCACAGUGGAGUCUGGCCCCACUGCUGGGCAGCUCCUCCUCCGUCAAGCACAGCCACCUCCUGGCUGGGAAGAAGAAGAAGAAGAUGAAGGCUUUUCUUGGACAAGGGUGCCAGGUUUAGCAGGGAGCUCCCUAAUCUAUGAAAAGCCAGUGAGAGAGUGGCUGCAACAGGACAUUGUAGAAGGGCGUCUCUAUUACCACCACUUUGGCCCUCACAGCCCUGGCCCUGGUGUUGUGUUGGACCAGUUUGUCUUCAGAGUCCAGGAUGACAAUGACCCACCCAACCGCUCUGGACCACAGACUUUUGUGAUCCGGGUACAUCCCGUAGACAGAUUAGCCCCAGAACUGCAUAGUAGCAGCAGCCUGCACUUAAUAGUUGCAGAACAGCAGGUGACCCCACUGCGGAGGAAGCACUUGUGUUACACAGAUCAGGAUUCAGGGGAUCGUGAACUCCGCUAUACAAUAACCCAGCCCCCCACGGACACUAACCACCCUCCAGAUGUGUAUGGAGCCCGUCUUGGAUCCCUUGUGCUGACUGAGGAUCACUCUGUGGAAGUUACCCACUUCACCCAAGCCCAGAUCAAUCAUCACAAGAUAUCGUACCGUCCCCCACAGGAAGAGCUGGGGGUGGCUCCUCAUUUGAUUCAGUUUCAGUAUCAAGUGCAAGAUGCGGCUGGCAAUGCAGCUGAAGGGACUUUCACCAUCUACUUGCAGCCUGUGGAUAACCAGCCUCCUGAAAUCACUAAUACUGGCUUCGCUUUGCCUGAGGGAGGCAGCCAUGUCCUUAGUCCAACUGAGCUGGAUGCCAGUGACACGGACACUGAGCUUGCCCAUCUCAGAUUUAUCCUGACCCAAGCUCCUCGGUAUGGCCAGUUGCAGCUUUCUGGGUACAGUCUGAUUCCAGGAGCUGUCUUUGGCCUGGAGGAUAUCAGACAAGGGAGGGUGGUGUAUGUUCACAAUGGAGCUGAAACCAACAGUGAUACCUGCAGGCUUGAUGUGAGUGAUGGAGUUCAUUUUGUGCCCAUCACACUGAAAAUGAACGUGCACCCAGUUGACGAUGAGGUUCCUAUGCUACGGUUGCCCCCAGGCACUCUUGGUUCCUACCUGGAUGUGCUGGAGAACAGUGCUGCUGAAAUCACUGCUAAUGUCAUUCAGGGCACAGAUGAGGAUACAGAUGACUUAAUGUUGACCUUCAUUGUAGAGGAUCCUCCUCAGCAUGGGAACAUCCUGGUCCAAGGGGUGCCUGCAGAGAGAUUUUCCCAGAGAGAUGUGCUGGAUGGUGCUGUGGUAUAUGCUCACACUGGAGGGGAAAUAGGCCGCCUGCCCAAAGAAGAUACCUUCAACCUUACCUUGUCUGACCUGUCUGAGGAGUGGAGUGUCAGGGGCAAUGUUGUACAAGGAGUUUCAGUCUUGGUGACCAUUCUUCCUGUUGACAGUCAAGCCCCAGAGAUUUUUGUGGGGGAGCAGUUCAUGGUUAUGGAAGGUGGUAGACAGGUCAUUACUCCUGCUCACCUCAGGGCUGAAGAUGUGGAUACACCUAAUGAUGAUAUACUCUGCACCAUUGUUGCUCAGCCCACAUCUGGGUACGUAGAGAACAUCUCCCCAGCCCCAGGAUCUGAAAAAUCCAGAGCAGGUAUAGCAAUAAGUGCUUUUACCUUGAAAGACCUCCGCCAAGGGCAUAUUUUUUAUGUCCAAAGUAUACAUAAAGGUGUGGAGCCUGUUGAAGACAGAUUUGCUUUCCGCUGUUCUGAUGGCAUUAACUUUUCCCAAAGGCACGUGUUCCCCAUUGUCAUUAUGCCGAUUAAUGAUGAAGAGCCUGAAAUCUUUAUACGAGAGUUUGUUGUGAUGGAAGGCAUGAGCCUGGUUAUUGAUACCCCUAUCCUCAACGCAGCUGAUGCGGACGUCCCUGCUGAUGAGUUGAUGUUCACAAUCACCAGACUUCCCAGACAUGGCCACAUUGUGAACCAGCUGGUCAAUGGAACUGUCCUGGUGGAGAGCUUCACCUUGGAUCAGAUAACAGAGAGCUCCAACAUACUCUACGAACAUGAUGACUCUGAGACAAAGGAGGACAGUUUUGAGGUGAAACUCACAGAUGGGAAACAUACUGUUAGGAAAAUGGUACUCAUUAUGGUUAUUCCUGUAGAUGAUGAGACACCCAGAAUGGCCAUCAAUGAUGGUUUGGAGAUUGAAAUAGGGGAAAUUAGAACUAUUAAUAACAGAAUAUUGAAGGCUACUGACCUAGAUUCUGAAGACAAAACCUUGACGUACAUUAUAAGAUAUGGGCCAGGACAAGGCCUCUUGCAGAGAAUAAAGCCUUCAGGUGGAGUUGAGAAUAUUACCCUGGGGAUGAACUUCACCCAAGAUGAAGUGGAUAGAAACUUAAUUCGAUAUAUGCAUUUUGGCCGAGAAGGAGUUCGCGAUCUUAUCAAGUUUGAUGUGACAGAUGGAAUAAAUCCUCUGAUUGACCGCUACUUUUAUGUGACAAUAGGUAGCAUUGAUAUUGUCUUCCCAGAUGUAAUCAGCAAAGGAGUGUCUUUGAAGGAAGGAGGGAAGGUAACCCUUACUACUGAUUUGCUUAGCACCAGCGACCUGAAUAGUCCAGAUGAGAACUUGGUUUUCACUAUUACCAGAGCACCUGUUCGUGGUCAUCUUGAAUGCACUGAUCAGCCUGGUGUACCCAUCUCCACUUUUACUCAACUCCUAUUAGCAGGGAAUAAAGUCUAUUACAUUCACACAUCAGAAGAUGAGGUGAAAAUGGACAGCUUUGAGUUUGAGGUGACUGAUGGCUAUAACCCUGUAUUUCGGACUUUCCGAAUUUCUAUCAGUGAUGUGGACAAUAAGAAACCUGUUGUCACCAUCCAUAACCUGGUGGUGAGUGAAAAUGAAUACAAACUGAUAACCCCAUUUGAACUGACUGCAGAAGACAGAGAUACACCUGAUGCAUUGCUAAAAUUUAUCCUUACUCAAGUACCAGUUCACGGUCAGAUCAUGUUCAAUAACUCCAAACCAGUCACCACCUUCACUAAACAAGAUCUAAAUGAAAAUCUAAUCAGCUACAAACAUGAUGGCACAGAAUCAGUUGAGGAUAGCUUCUCUUUCACUGUUACGGAUGGCACUCAUACUGAUUUCUAUGUCUUCCCCAACACUGUGUUUGAAACAAGGAAACCUCAGACUAUGAAGAUUCGAAUAAUGCCUGUGGACAACAGUGUACCUCAAAUUGUAAUAAAUAAGGGUGCUCAGACUCUCCGUGUUCUGGCCACAGGUCACAUUGGGUUUCUGAUUACCAACAAGGUGCUCAAAGUGGAAGACAGGGACAGUUUACACGCAACUCUCAAGAUCAGAAUCACAGAGGGUCCUCGCCAUGGCUUCCUGAUUCACCUGGGGAAAGGCAACCAUAGCAUCAGCCAGUUCACCCAAGCUGAUAUUGAUGAUAUGAAGAUAUGUUAUGUUUUACGAGGGGGUGACAAUGCCACCAGUGACAUUUUUCAUUUCAUGGUUGAAGAUGGUGGAGGCAAUAAGCUGAAGAAGCAACAUUUUCGCCUAAACUGGGCAUGGAUCUCACUAGAAAAGGAGUAUUAUUUAGUAAAUGAAGACUCCAAAUAUCUUGAUGUUGUUCUUAAACGGAGAGGUUACCUGGGGGAAACCUCUUUUAUAAGUAUUAGCACCAAAGAUGGUACUGCCAAGAAAGAUAAAGACUUCAGAGGAAAAGCCCAGAAACAAGUGCAGUUUAAUCCUGGCCAAACUUUAGCUACAUGGCGAGUACGGAUUUUGAGUGAUGGUGAACAUGAGCAGUCUGAGUCCUUUCAAAUUGUUCUUUCUGAGCCUGUCAUGGCAGUUCUGGAAUUUCCUGGUGUAUCCACAGUGGAAAUUAUUGACCCAGGAGAUGAAUCGACUGUCUUUAUUCCUCAGUCCACCUAUACUAUUGAAGAAGAUGUUGGUGAAUUAUUUAUUCCAGUCAGAAGAAGUGGAGAUGUGAGCCAGGAACUGAUGGUUAUUUGCUACACACAACAAGGAACAGCAUCUGGCACCGCCCCAACCUCUGUACUUUCGUACUCUGACUACAUUUCCAGGCCUGAGGAUCACAACAGCAUUCUACGUUUUGACAAAGACGAACGAGAAAAAAUGUGUCGGAUCGUCAUCAUAGAUGAUUCGUUGUAUGAAGAGACUGAGACCUUUGACGUUUUGCUGAGUAUGCCCAUGGGUGGAAGAAUUGGUGCUGAAUUCCCGAGCGCUCGAAUUACCAUUGUACCUGACAAGGAUGACGAACCAUCAUUCUACUUUGGGAAUGAUGAAUACUAUGUGGAUGAGAGUGCUGGCUACGUGGAGGUACGUGUUUGGAGGACUGGAACUGAUCUGUCUAAAGCUGCGUCUGUUACAGUGAGGUCUCGCAAAUCUGAACCAAUAACUGCAGAGGCUGGAGUAGAUUAUGUAGGCAUCAGUCGUAAUUUGGAUUUUUCCCCUGGAGUCAAUAUGCAGACAUUUCGUGUGGUAAUUCUGGAUGACCUUGGACAGCCAGUGUUAGAAGGAACUGAGAAGUUUGAGCUUGUGCUAAGGAUGCCCAUGAAUGCUGCUCUUGGAGAACCCAGCAAGGCCACCAUCUUCAUUAACGACUCAGUCUCUGACUUGCCUAAGAUGCAGUUUAAAGAAUCUGUAUAUGUAGGCAAUGAAAAUGAUGGACAGAUUUCUGCCAUGAUAUACAGGAGUGGGGAUAUCCGAUACACAUCCACUGUGAGGUGCUAUACAAGGCAAGGUUCAGCUCAGGUAAUGAUGGACUUUGAAGAGCGUCCUAAUACUGACAGUUCCAUCAUCACAUUCCUUCCUGGUGAAACCGAGAAGCCUUGCACACUGGUGCUUAUGGAUGAUACUUUCCACGAAGAAGAAGAAGAGCUGCGUCUGGUUCUUGGCACUCCAAGAAGUGAUUCUUCCUUUGGUGCCUCUAUUGGUGAACAAAAUGAGACCCUGAUAAAGAUUCGGGAUGAUGCAGACAAGGCUAUUAUUAAGUUUGGUGAGACCAAAUUUAGUGUGAGUGAACCGAAGGACGUAAGGCAAGUAGCAGUUGUAAAAAUCCCAGUGCUUCGUCUGGGAGACACUUCCAAGGUUUCUGUCGUGAGAGUUCAUACAAAGGAUGGAUCUGCUACUUCUGGAGAAGACUAUCACCCUAUAUCAGAAGAAAUUGAGUUUCAGGAGGGUGAAACACAGCAUUUUGUGGAGAUUGAAGUUCUCUUUGAUGGAGUAAGGGAGAUGAGAGAAGCCUUCACUGUUCACCUGAAGCCUGAUGAGAACAUGGUCGCAGAAAUACAGACAGCCAAGGCCAUUGUUUACAUUGAGGAAAUGAACAGCAUGGCAGAUGUCACCUUUCCUUCUGUCCCUCAAGUUGCAUCCCUUUUGAUAUAUGAUGAUACUUCUAGAGCCAAAGACAGAACCAGUCCCGUAGCUGGCUAUCCUGUCAUCUGUAUCACAGCCUGCAAUCCUAAAUAUGAAGACUUUGAAAAGACUGGUUCAAUAUGUGCGAGUGAGAACAUCAAUAAUACUCUGACCCGAUACCGGUGGCUAGUGAGUGCACCCACUGGUCCCGAUGGUGUGACUAGCCCCAUGAAGGAGGUUGACUUUGAUACCUUCUUCACUUCUUCCAAGAUGAUUACGCUUGACUCCAUUUACUUUCAAGCUGGUUCUCGUGUCCAGUGUGCAGCUCGUGCUGUGAAUUCAGAUGGGAAUGAAGGUCUUGAGCUUAUGAGCCCUAUUGUAACUAUAAGCACGUCAGAAGGUCUUUGUCAACCUCGUAUGUCAGGAGUAGUUGGAGCAGAACCAUUCUCUGCCAAAUUGCGUUAUACUGGCCCAGAAGAUCCUGAUUUUGCCAAUCUCAUCAAACUGACAGUCACAAUGCCACAUAUUGAUGGCAUGCUGCCUGUUAUUUCUACAAGAGAGCUCUCCAACUUUGAGCUGACACUUAGCCCUGAUGGAACUAGAGUUGGAAACCAUAAAUGCUCCAACCUGUUGGAUUACACAGAAGUGAAGACCCACCAUGGUUUCUUGACUGAUGCUACCAAAAAUCCAGAUGUGAUUGGAGAGACCAUUCCCUAUCAAUACAACCCAGCAAUUAGAGGCCUUAAUACCUUACGCUUCUAUCGCAAUCUGAAUCUGGAAGCCUGUCUAUGGGAGUUUGUUAGCUAUUAUGACAUGUCUGAGCUCCUCACAGAUUGUGGAGGCACCAUUGGGACAGAUGGGCAGGUUCUCAACCUUGUACAGUCCUAUGUCACGCUGAGAGUCCCCUUGUACGUGUCUUACGUUUUCCACUCCCCAGUGGGAGUAGGAGGCUGGCAGCACUUCGACCUGCAGUCAGAGCUCCGCCUGACUUUUGUGUAUGACACUGCCAUCCUGUGGAAGGAUGGGAUCGGUAGCCCACCUGAAGCAGAACUGCAAGGUUCCCUGUACCCAACCAGCAUGAGAAUUAGUGAAGAGGGGCGUCUGGUUGUCAACUUCAAGACCGAAGCCCGAUUUCAUGGUGUCUUUGUGAUGUCCCAUCCUGCUACAUCUCUAACGUCCAUGGUUAUGUGUGCUGAUCACCUGGGCCUGACAUUUAGCCUCAGCCUUAUCCGAAGCGAGCCAACGUACAACCAGCCAGUGCAGCAGUGGAGCUUUGUUUCAGAUUUUGCGGUUCGAGACUAUUCUGGAACGUACACUGUGAAGCUGAUAGCUUGUACCACUGCUCCACAUCAGGAGUACAGCCUACCAGUGAUCUGCAGUCCUAGAGAGCCGAUCACAUUUGAUCUGGACAUCCGAUUCCAGCAGGUCAGUGACCCAGUGGCUGCUGAGUUCAGCUUGAACACCCAGAUGUUCCUCCUCUCCAAAAAGACACUGUGGCUAUCUGAUGGCUCAAUGGGCUUUGGGCAAGAAAGUGAUGUUGCUUUCUCAGAAGGUGACAUCAUAUAUGGUCGGGUGAUGGUGGAUCCAGUGCAGAAUUUGGGUGAUUCCUUCUACUGUAGCAUCGAGAAGGUUUUCCUCUGCACAGGAGCUGAUGGAUAUGUACCCAAAUAUAAUCCAUCCAACACUGAAUAUGGGUGCCUGGCUGAUUCUCCAUCCCUUCUGUACAGAUUUAAGAUUGUGGACAAAGCUCAGCCGGAGACACAAGCCACAAGCUUUGGAAAUGUGCUUUUUAAUGCAAAACUUGCCAUAGAUGAUCCUGAAGCAAUUCCAUUAGUUAAACAGCCAGGAUCUGAUGGAUUUAAAGUGGACUCAACUCCUCUAUUUCAGGUGUCUUUGGGUAGGGAGUGGUACGUCCAUACAAUCUACACUGUGCGUUCAAAAGAGAACGCUAACCGUGGAAUCGGCAAAAGGAGCGUGGAGCACCAGUACCACUCACUCUUUAGUGGUGGGAGCCCAGGAACAUCCGCACAGAGACGUCAGAAGAGGGGAGUUGAGCAGGCCUCAGAACUGGCAAAAGACAUUGGAGUGGAAAACAACCGAGGAACGAACAUACAGCACAUCGCGCUGGAUCGCACCAGCAAGAAACAGGUUCCUCAAAGGGAGGUUGCAGUCAACGGCGUUCUCCCCCGGGAACUGAGUAACCAAAGCACAGGGGUCAGCGUUGUCACAAUCAUUAGUGGAGCUGCUGCCAUUUUCCUUGCCAUCUGCUUAAUUGCAACCAUCGUAUUGCUGCUAAAACGGAGACAAAAUUCUGACCCGGGAACUGAAAUCAUUAGUGGAGCUGCUGCCAUUUUCCUUGCCAUCUGCUUAAUUGCAAUCAUCGUAUUGCUGCUAAAACGGAGACAAAGGAAGAAGGAAGCCACGAAGGAGUCGGACAGCAACGAGCCAAUGAUGCUACCAUAUAAUUACACCAGCGACAGCUCAGAGGUUUGAUUCCAGGACCUCAGGGUUCAAGCCAGAGUCUCCAAAGUGCCUCAGAAAAAAAGCAAAAACAAACAACUUGAACUGCACUUUGUUCACAGCAGAUCAUGGUAACUCAUGAGGAACAAAAAGUUCAUAUGCUUCUAGGUGUACUUGAAAUUUUUUAUCCUGAACUCUUGCUGCCAUUAUCAACAACAGAAGAGUCUGUAUUGAAUCUCCCACUUUGCACGACAGGUGAUACUGACGUCCACACAUCAUGCACUAAUCUUAAGCAGCAAUUCAAGGAACUGCAUUGUAAGGGAGAGGUUUUUGUUUUGUUUUUGUAUUUUCUGACAUUUAAAAAUGUAGAAGAAACUGUCCAAAGGUGCUACAUAUCCUGUCUGCAAUAUGAGAGGAAAUCUGUUUCUUUGGAAACACAGAAUACUUGAGAGGAGGAAUCCUUACACUCUUCAGUUAAAUUUUGUACUGUUUCUCACAAAGAACUCAAUGUCUACAAUUAGUCCGAAAGGUGAUGAAAUGCCUCAGGCAUGAAUCCUCCCUCCUAUAGGCUUUUGACUUCACUUAGCUAUACCAGUGAUUUAUUUUAUUUCUUUUUUUACUUAUAUGUAACUGAAUUUUUGAAAAAGACAGCUAGACUAGACAGCAUAACAUUAUAAUCAGUUGCAUGUCACAGGAUGCAAUACAUACUUUUUAUUCAGCUAUUUAACCUGAGAAUUUUUUUUUCUUAUUUAUGAUUUUAUAAAGCCAAAGAAUACAACAAAUACAUAAAUAAUUUUGUUUUUCAUGGAAACUGGACGCUUAUGUGUCUUAAAUUUAUAAUGGAUCAUGGAACUGUUUUAAGGUAAAUUAUAUUUCUUAGUGCAUAUCCCCUGCUGGGAAAUGCAAACAUUAUUAUUUCAGUGCCUAGAGAAGAUGAUAGAGUUAGAUUCAUAAUGCAGAGGACAAGGUUCUGCCUGAACUGAGCCUAAGAAUCAUGAUACUGAAUCCACCAUGUGAUUGUCAGUUGCCGUAUUAAAUGGCGACAAAGCAAAGAAAAAAUUGACAUUUAAUUGAAUGGAGUAGCAUUUAUUACUGUAUAAUCAUAGCACAUCUUGACAAACGUGCUGGGUCAUUGUUGGGCAUGUUGUAACAAGUGACUGCUUUUACAAGAGGAAUUCUAGUUUUCUGUCAGUGUUCUCGAUGCAGGUAACACGACAGCAUGAUGUUCCACAGAAGUUUGGAUCAGCAGUGUCCCGUGUCAGUUCUUAUCCAGACAGGACCUGUUCUGUCCCAAAGACAUCCUGCCAAAUGCUUGGCCAUGAAGAAUACAUAACCUUCAGGACACAUUGUCCGGUUUGUCUCACUAGCGUUCUCUAUGAAUAAGGCAUUUCAAGUCAAUGGAAUUAAUCUAUAUAAACUAUAUAAAAUCUGAAUUUAAGACUGUUGCUAAAAUCCCUGUUCCCUUCCACCGUCUGGUGGUGGUGGGUUCGGGCAGCCCCCAAACUACCUUCAGCUGCAAUACACUUGGCAUUUGGUGUUCUGGGGACCAUCCUGCAGGGAUCUGAGUCGGCAGAACAGGAAUCUAACUUGCAAGCAGCCUGGCUGCGAGCACACGAUGCUGCCUCUGAACUAAAAAAAUCUACCCAAAAGGCUUCCUGGCCCGGCCGUGGUGCCCUGUCAACUCUGCACAACCAUCCUCUGAGCCAUAGAUGCUCGGAAACAUUGAGGUCCGCUAGCCCAGGAAUAUCUGUGCUAUGAUUCAUGGUACUGUGUGAAUAUGCCCACAGAGGGACUCACACUGAUUUCUCUUGCUCUGGAUUUUUGAUACGACCUCACUGAUUUAAAAAGAUUUCAUCAGGUUUUUCACAAAAUGAAUCAGGUGAAAACCUGUCCUAACUUUUCUAGGUUUUUCUGAAGGCUGUGAUUCAAACUGCUUAAUUGAAGGAUGUUUGCAGCAACCUAAGGGUCAAACUCCAUUACUGAAACCAUGCAGUCAUCUUUUAUUUUAAUUAAUCUGAGUUCUAGCCUGAAACAAUUAUCCGCAAGACGUGCCCAGUGCAUUAGACCUUUUCCCUAGUCACCUGACAUUAAUUUACUCUUUUAAUGAAGUUCCUGGUAUUGUGAUCCAUGUAUUAUGUGUGCAAGAUUGAUCAAAGACUUAACCCACAGAUACUUUUUGUAUUUAAGUUCACAAUUAAGUUGAAAGUGUGACCUAAGAUCAAAUUUGCCUUUGUGCCUGUAUGCGAAGUCACUAUGAUAAUGAGAAAUGCAGAAUUUGUCUCCAAGAAACUGCGUGUUUGGAUAAUAGCAGUCAAUGAUUCUACAGUAAAAUGGGACACAUGUAAAUAAUAGAACAUUUUAAUAUUUAUAAAAUGCCUGUUUUGUAUAAGCAGAGAAGAUCUUUUAAAAAAUAUAUAUAUAAAAUACAGAAAUUAGGUGUUUAUAAGUAGAGCUAUUUUUCUGCUUUUGAAUUUUAAAAGACUGAAAUAUCUUUAAAGUUGCUUGCAGGCAAAAUCUCUUUUUUUAAUUAUUAUUUCUUUUUAUAUCACAUCAAUACCCAUGUGUUCUACAAGCCAAAUAUUUAGCCCAGUAAACAACUUUAUCACUGCUUUUAAUAGUGUCUGAUUAAAACUCAAGUGUUUAGGUUGACUAUUAUCAGACUAAUAUUUUUCUAAUAAUAUAUAAAAUCAUAGCGCAAACUGAUGAUAACAAAGGAAAACACAAAGCAAACACUGAAAAGCUGGACAAGUAUGAGUAAGAUUCAUGAGUCAGAUAUCAAAGUCCUCUGCCUGGGAAAAAAAUCCCAAUGUUUUCAGUAAGCCCUACCAGAUUUGUCCCAUUCUUAAGAAAUUAGAUUUCUUACAAUUCAGUGAACUAUAAAUCCACCUGGAAUAGCAUGCCUUUUUUUAUUAUGGCUUCAAGGUUUUAGAUUUCAGCAAGACUUUUUGGAGGCUUAUUAACAUUUUCCCUUCUACUUAACAAGUGGCCUUGUUUAUACUAACCUGAAUAAGUGCCUCAUUCCCAGUUAUGUGCACAAAUAUGUUAAUAUUUAUCUAUCCAUACAAUAAACUGAGUAUAUUUUAUAUAUAUAUUUAACCUAUUUCCAGAUUAUGUAUUCAAUCUUCUUUUCACUGGAGAUGCUUAUUCUGCUAUCAGUAAUACCAUUUUUUAAAGCCUUUAUACAAUAAUUACUGUGUUUAAAUUUGUUAUCAAGCUGUCAAAAAUCUUUCUGUGCAUAUUUAUUUGGAACAAUUUUUUUGCUUAUGUCUAUGGCUGUGAUAUUUGGCAUUUGUAUCAGGAAAAAAAAUAAAACUACUUCUGGUUUGGUUACUGAA